GUACAAUACAAAAGCAACAAAGAGUAAAAAGUAAUAACAAACAUAAUAAAGAAUGAUUUGAGUUAAUUAUUACGAGAAUAUUUAAAAACGGUAUGAACAUAAGAAUCAAUAAUGACGAUGAAUUGUCAGAAUCAACUCCCCUACUUCAUAGAGACAUGACAGUACCUGUAAGAGUUGGUGUCAAAGAAAUAUUGGUUAGAAAAAUUCCAAUAUUAGGAUGGCUGCCACUCUAUACCUGGGGUAAAUUUCUGCAGGAUGCGCUGGCAGGUAUUACGGUCGGAUUAACGGCAAUACCACAGGGUAUCGCAUAUGCAGUUGUUGCUGGUUUACCUGCUCAGUAUGGAUUGUACAGCAGCUUUAUGGGCUGCUUUGUUUAUCUAAUUUUCGGUAGCGUUAAAGACGUGACCAUUGGCCCUACAGCUAUUACGGCUCUGUUGGUUCAACCUUUUGUACUUAGACUUGGUAAUGAUUUCGCGGUUCUGAUGUGUUUUCUCUGCGGGUGCAUAAUAACACUGAUGGGACUGCUGCACAUAGGAUUUUUAGUUAAUUUUAUAAGUAUGCCGGUAAUUUGCGGGUUUACAAAUGCCGCGGCAUUAAUUAUAGGGGCUUCCCAAUUGCAUACAUUGUUUGGUAUCCAAGGAAGAACGGACACUUUUAUUGACUCUUUAGUUAAAGUUGGUAAAAAUAUUAGAGAAAUUAAAUUGUGGGAUACUGUGCUAGGAGUUGCGUCGAUAAUUACUUUAGUUUGUCUUAAGCAACUACCAGGCAGUAGAUCAGGAUCGCCAGCGAAAAAAAUAAUGUGGCUAUUGUCCUUGGGAAGAAAUGCAGUGGUGGUGAUAGCGGGAAUUAUUUUAGCAUAUACAUUGUCAUUGUACGAUAAUAAUCCGUUUCAUAUAACGGGAAAUAUAACUGAAGGUCUGCCAGCAAUAAAACUCCCGCCUUUUUCAACGGAAUUCAAUAACACGAGGUAUGAAUUCGUGGACAUGGUGAGAGAACUCGGUGGCAGUUUGGCAUCGGUUUCUUUAAUCGCUAUCCUUGAAUGUAUUGCUAUUGGCAAAGCUUUUGCUAAAGGAAGAUCACUGGAUGCUAAUCAAGAGAUGAUAGCGUUAGGUCUCUGUAAUUUACUCGGUAGUUUUGUGAGAUCGAUGCCAGUGACUGGAAGUUUCACAAGAACUGCCGUUAAUUCUGCGUCGGGAGUGAAAACACAGAUGGGUGGCAUUGUCACCGGAUCUCUGGUACUUCUGGCAUGCGGAUUACUGACAUCGACUUUUAAAUUUAUUCCAAAAUGUACUCUCGCUGCUGUUAUUAUUGUUGCCAUGUACUACAUGCUUGAGUUUCACAUUUUCCGCGUGCUCUGGAGAACUAAAAAAAUUGAUAUUUUACCCCUAUUGGCGACACUUGUUUGCUGUCUGCUGAUAAGUCUAGACUACGGAAUGAUAAUUGGAAUCUUAAUAAAUCUUAUUCUGAUCUUGUACUUCGCUGCACGGCCAAAUCUCGCUAUCGAGGAACGCAACAUCGAAGGAACUGAAGUUCUUCUGGUCGUUCCCGAGCAGUCAUUGAGCUUUCCAGCCGCUGAAUAUUUACGUGAACGAGUCAUCGAGUGGUGCGACAAAAAAUCUACUGUUCCAGUUAUCAUUGACGGGAGAUUUAUUCACAGGAUAGACACCACCGUUGCCAAAAAUAUCGGUCUUCUUCAAGCAGACCUAGAAGUCAGAAACCAAAAAUUGAUAUUCUGGAAUUGGUGCGACAGCGCUAAAAAUACUUUAGUAAAUUAUGACAAAAAUUUAAGUAUUUACUUCCGGAACUCUAGUAACGUAGCGCAAUUACUGUCAGAUGAAAUUUCCAACACGACAAUAAUAUCAGCAUUAUAAUAAAACAAUUAUUUGAAAUUUAUAAUAAUUAAGUAUUCUUUAUUGAAUAAAAGAAUUUUUUUACACGCACUAGA